UUUCAUUUUGUGAAACUACGUGUUCUAGGAAGAUAUUUCAGCCAUUUUCAAAGCUGCGGAUAAGGAUGAUUCUGGAACUUUAACCAUCGAGGAAUUUCGAGAUGUUCUUCAUGACAUAAUUAUCCGUUAUCCUCAAGUGGACUUGUAUUUGAAGAGCAAACAUUUGUUAGAGGCGACAGACUUAUUCAGGGAUUCAGAUGGAAAUGAAAGAGAGGUAGAUAUUGAAGGUUUUAAGUUGGCCCUUUCUCAGGUAGAUUCACAGAUGAAAAGUCUACCCGCCACUGCUCAGGUUGCUGCUCAACAAGGUACAUAUCUUGCUAGAUGUUUUAACCGCUGGGAUCAAUCCCAUGGUAAUCCUGCAGGUCCUCGUCGUUUUAGAGGUUCUGGGCGUCAUGCAUUUCUACCGUUCAGGUAUCGCCAUUUAGGGCAAUUUGCUCCUUUGGGUGGUGAGCAAGUAGCAGCAGAACUUCCUGGAGACUGGGUUUCUAUGGGUCAUAGCACACAGUGGCUAUGGUACUCUGUGUAUGCUAGCAAGCAAGUUAGCUGGCGCACAAGGUAUUUAGUGGUCGGUGAUUGGGUAAGAAGAUACAUUUUUGGGAGAGAUUCAAGCCGGAUUUGAUGAGUUCGACUCCAUUUAGAAGGCACUGUGCGUGCUCUGCACUGUUUUGUUGAUAUGCUUGGUGGAUUUUUCAUGUUUAUGCUUGUUUCCAGUUACAGUUGAAGCCGGACAUCGGUUUAUGUUGUUCUAGAAUGUACAUAUCACACACCACUGUAUCUCUUUCCAUCACUUCCUGGAGAAAUGUACCACGAAUCUUUCAAAUUUGAUUGUAUAAACUUAUUUUUCUGAUUAGCAAUUGCAAAUUUGAUUGUGUAAAGUAUAAA